ACACCUGUCAGCGCCGGAUGGUUGAACAACAUGGCAACGUACGGUGACGAGCCAGUCGACAGCUAUUUCUACUCAUCUUACAACCCUUACACGGGCAGAUACCCCAGACCUAAAGACGCGGGGUGGAAAUAUAAAAGUUACCUCUCCCGCUAUGGCGACGCCUCUGAAGCCUUUAACAACCAGCAGCGCGCUCAGCUGAAGUCCAUCUUAUCUCAGAUCAACCCCAAACUCACCCCGAGGCUCAGGAAGGCAAACACCAAAGAUGUGGCGGUGCAGGUCAACCCGAAGAGGGACGCCUCGGUGCAGUGCUCCAUCGGCCCGCGGACGCUCCUGUCCGUGAAGCUGGACUUCCGGCGCAAAAGGAGGCAGGAGCUCGUGACGCCCGGCGGCGAUGGGACCCCCAAGGCGAAGGGCGGUGUGCGGUACCCGCGCACCCUCGCUGUGUACUCACCCAUCGCCUACAGAAGCGUUACCUCCUUCCUGGUCGACGACAACAACAACAACAACAACAUUAAGAAGGCCGCCGGUGGCGAGGCGCAGCCCGCAGUGCCGCCCGGUGAACCGCCCGACUCCGACGGCAAAAGCAACGGGAAGAGGAGCGAACAUACCCAGGCUGUUGAGGACGGAAAGGCCGCUAAGAUCCCGGACCAGCGCGAGAAUCUCAGGUCCAAGCAGGUGAAGGGCGAAGACGUGCAGCCAACCGCAGAGGGGUCAAAGGGCAAGGCGCGCGUGCGUUUCCAGUUCCUGGAACAGAAGUACGGAUAUUAUCACUGCAGAGAAUGCAAUCUGCGAUGGGAGAGUGCCUAUGUGUGGUGUGUUCAGGGCACCAACAAGGUUUACUUCAAGCAGUAUUGUAGGAAAUGCCAGAAGGACUUCAACCCAUACCGUGUUGAGGACAUCACAUGUCACACUUGCAACAAAGCACGUUGUUCCUGUGCAAUAACACAACGCCACGUUGACCCCAAACGGCCCCACAGACAGGACUUGUGCGGCAGAUGCAAAGGCAAGCGGCUCUCCUGCGACAGCACUUUCAGCUUCAAAUACAUCAUUUAAGGAGCAUCUCAACCGAACUUUGCCUGUAACACAUGAGUACAAGUCCUCUGUGGGGAGGGGGCGGGGGCAGAAUCUUCAGGCCAGUGCCAUAUUUACAGAUACAAUAAUGGCAUCUUGGAUGUGAAGCAUAUAUAUAAAUAUUUGAUGUUUAAUACUUUCUUUCAUGCCUGUUUUGUGUUGAUGAAAUUGAUGGUAAGAAUCACGGACUUUACAUUGUAAUAAAUGGCUACCAUGCACUCUGUACUGAAGCACCUUUUCUUGUCAGUAGUGAAAAUAGAGGAAACGCAAUUUAAAAUGGAUGAAUAUGCUUCAAGUGAACUGAAGUCAUUACCUUGUGUAAGAUGUUCUUUCAGUCAAAGUGAUGCUUAAUGUAGCUGCAUUAAACUCAAACUGACUCCUGUAGCUGAUCAAUAGAAAAU